UACAGAAAUGCAUAGCGUGAUCCCUAUCUUGGGCAACCAAAAAUUAGUGAGCUCAGACGAACGAGUUUCCAAAUGAAGACCACAACAAAAAAUCUUUAAACCUCAAACUACAUCUCUUCUUCUCUUCCAAUGGCGUCUUCACUCCCUUCAUCUCUCUCAGCCCUUCAAAGCCGAAGGUUCUUUUACGGCAUCAGAUUCUUCUCCGGCAACCCAAUUGCCCACUCUUCCUGUAACUGCCAUCGCCAUUUCAAGAAGCUCCCUCUCAACAGAAACACCACCUUUUCCCUCACUGUUUCAAGAACGUUUUCGCAAUUAAAUCACCCUUCAUUUUACACUAAAGAUAGUCCUUCUCUUCAACACUUUGUUUCUCAAGCUGCUGCGCUCUCUGCUUCCCAAACAGAACCCCUCAUUACUCCAGCUUUAGAAGUUUCUCCGGAUACUGAAAAACCUCCGAGAGGGCGGAUUUAUCACGAGACGUAUGGAUGUCAAAUGAAUAUCAGUGAUAUGGAGGUUGUUUUGUCGAUUAUGAAGGAUGCUGGAUAUAAGGAAGUUGUGGAGGACCCGGAAAGUGCUGAGAUUAUAUUCAUUAAUACUUGUGCUAUUAGGGACAAUGCGGAGCAGAGAGUGUGGCAGCGGCUUAAUUAUUUUUGGUUCCUAAAGAGACAUUGGAAGAGUAAUGUUGCUAUUGGGAGGUCGCAGUCUCUUUCUCCUCCGAAGGUGGUUGUGUUGGGUUGUAUGGCUGAGAGGUUAAAAGAGAAGAUACUUGACGCGGAUAAGAUGGUUGAUGUGGUUUGUGGACCUGAUGCUUACAGAGAUUUGCCGCGUUUACUGGCUGAUGUAGACUACGGGCAGAAGGGGAUUAAUACUCUUCUUUCACUUGAAGAGACUUAUGCGGAUAUCUGUCCAGUUAGGAUCUCGAAAAAUUCUAUUAGUGCCUUUGUCUCGGUUAUGAGGGGUUGCAAUAAUAUGUGCUCGUUUUGCAUUGUUCCUUUUACUAGAGGCAGAGAGCGAUCACGUCCUGUGGAUUCAAUUGUGAAGGAGGUGGCAGAAUUAUGGAAAGAAGGCGUGAAGGAAGUAACUCUUCUUGGCCAGAAUGUGAACAGCUAUAAUAAUGCAUCUGAAGAAAGUGAAGUUGAACCAGGAUCAAUUUGGGAAUUGAGUGAAGGCUUUUCCAGCAGGUGCAAGGUGAAGAAGGUGGGCUUACGUUUUUCUGAUCUCUUGGAUCGACUCUCCACUGAGUUUCCUGAGAUGCGAUUCAGAUACACUUCGCCACACCCUAAAGAUUUCCCAGAUGACUUAUUGUACAUAAUGCGAGAUAGAUAUAAUAUCUGCAAAUCUAUUCAUUUACCUGCACAAAGUGGGAGCAGCACAGUUCUCGAGAGAAUGCGUCGAGGAUAUACGAGGGAGGCAUACUUAGAACUCUGGCAAAAGAUCAAAAGGAUCAUGCCAGAUGUUGGGAUAACCAGUGAUUUCAUAUGCGGUUUCUGCGGAGAAACAGAGGAGGAUCAUGAAAGCACACUAAGUCUCGUCAAGACUGUAGGUUAUGAUAUGGCAUAUAUGUUUGCAUAUAGCAUGAGGGAGAAAACACAUGCUCACAGGAACUACACGGAUGAUGUUACUGAGGAUGUUAAGCAGAGGAGGCUUACUGAACUUAUCGAGGCUUUUCGAGAGAGUACUGGUCAGUGUUAUGACUCCCAGAUCGGUAGUAUCCAACUCGUGUUAGUCGAAGGGCCCAACAAAAGAGCUCCAGAUACAGAACUUAUUGGUAAGAGUGAUAGAGGCCACAGAGUUAUCUUUAUUAAUCGGCCAGUGCCAAAUAGAAGUGAGGAUUUGCGUAAUGAACGGAAUCCUGUAAUUGGUGACUAUGUGGAAGUUCGAAUUAUGAAAUCUACACGGGCAUCAUUGUUUGGAGAGGCACUUGCCAUCACUAAAUUGAGCUUGUUUCACAACAAUGCAGAACAAGAAGCUGUUGCAUGUGCAAACUGAUACAAGCCCCGCUUUUUGUCAACCCGGUAUUUAUAACGUCUUAAAAUUGCAUUUAUACUGGUAUUUGUUUGAAUAGGACUGAUUCAAUGAAGACGAUUGAAGCGAGAGAACCGUGUUUCUGGCCCGAGUAUCUGAAAUUGUGGAGCAGCUUACAGGUGCUAUAUAUUUUCUUUUUGUAUUUAGCUUUAGAUUCUAGUGAUUAAGCUUUUCCAUCCACAAUUUUUGUAUGUGUAAAUUUAGCAAUCUACAGUUCAUGCAUUUGAAUUACUAUUUCUGGCUGAAACUUCAAACUGGAAUUUCCUUGUCUAGAGUCUUUGUUAGUACUAAUCUUGUCAAUUAACACUGUCUUGGUCUUCUUCA